GCAGGCCUAGCGAUAUUCAUCACCACCGUCAACUCCAUUGACAGCUUAUACACUUUGGAGAUGAGUCAUCAAAAGAUUGAGACUUUCCCCCAUAUGCAUUGUUUUAAGCUUUAUCUGUUGACUACUGCUACUUUUAGCGUUUCGAGCAUGUUAUUAAUCGCGAGGAAAGCUUUGGCCUUGGCGCAUAACAAGACUAUUCGUUUAACGACGAGGGAAGUGCACUGCUUAAGCUCCAUCUUACUCUCUCCUCCUCUCGUGUCUCUUGACUUGCCUGAAAAUUGGGUUCCUUACUCUCAUCCUCCAUCCCCUGUUGCCUUCGAGUGUGAACAGAAGACUGUGGUGAUUGAUGGCAAAUCUAUCGCAGAAGAGAUCAGAACGAAGAUUGUUAGUGAAGUGUGGAAGAUGAAAAACGAUGUUGGCAAAGUCCCUGGUCUUGCGGUUGUGUUGGUCGGCGAACAAAGAGACUCCCAAACUUAUGUGCGGAACAAGAUCAAAGCUUGUGAAGAAACUGGGAUUAAAUCUGUUUUGGCUGAGUUGCCUGAGGAUUGUACAGAAGGAGAAAUCAUCACUGUAUUAAAAAAAUUCAAUGAAGACACAUCUAUUCACGGAGUUCUCGUGCAGCUUCCUUUGCCCCAGCAUCUUGAUGAAGCAAAGAUAUUGAAUAUGGUGAGGUUAGAGAAAGAUGUUGAUGGGUUUCAUCCAUUAAACAUGGGGAACCUUGCGAUGAGAGGGAGGGAGCCGCUAUUCGUAUCUUGCACCCCUAAGGGAUGUGUGGAGUUGUUGAUCAGAGCAGGUGUUGAGCUAGCAGGAAAAAACGCUGUGGUGAUUGGAAGAAGCAACAUCGUUGGUCUCCCAAUGUCUUUACUGUUGCAGAGGUAUGACGCUACAGUAAGCACGGUGCAUGCAUUUUCAAAGGAUCCAGAGCACAUUACAAGGGAAGCUGAUAUUGUGGUUGCAGCCGCGGGUGUGCCUAACCUUGUUCGUGGAAGUUGGCUGAAGCCUGGAGCAGUUGUCAUCGAUGUGGGAACAUGUCCUGUUGAGUAGCUGUGAGCAAGGUUAUCGUCUUGUUGGGGAUGUAUGCUACGAGGAAGCGUUAGGUGUUGCCUCAGCGAUUACUCCUGUACCUGGAGGAGUCGGUCCCAUGACGAUUGCCAUGUUACUAUGCAAUACCUUGGAUGCUGCCAAGCGGACAUCCUUGUGAUAAAUAUGGUUAUCUCUGUGUUAUAACUAAAGAGUCCAUGUUGUUGGGGGGGUUGAUCACAAAUUGACAAUCCCUUUUGAAUUUUGAAUUAUCAUGUUGUUACAGACAAUGGUUGAUGUCUGAUAUAAAGCUCUUUGUCAGAGUAGAGUUUAAUGAUUUUGUUGUAGUAACUGGUUUCUAGAUAACAGUGGAAUGUUUAUGUUUCAUUGGCGUUUACAAGAUGAGGAAGCCAUGGUAGUUAUGCA